AUGGGAGAAAUUGGAGGGACUGACUAUAAUUACGCAUUCUUAGUUGGCAAAAGCAUUGAAGAGGUCAAGGAGUUGAUUCCCAUGGUGAUUACUGCUAUCUCUUCUUCAAUCACGGGGUUAAUCGGUAUGGGGGGCAGAACAUUUCUGGUGCCCGGAGAUUUCCCACUCGGAUGCUCAGCAAUCUAUUUGACAUCUUAUCAAACAUCAAACAUGGAAGCAUAUGAUCCUUUGACAGGAUGUUUGACAUGGCUGAACAAGUUUGGAGAAAACCACGACCAGCAGCUUCAAGCAGAACUGAACAGACUCCAGAAGUUGUACCCUCAUGUCAACAUCAUAUAUGCUGACUACUACAACGCGCUGUUGCGCAUUUACCAAGAACCAGCCAAAUUCGUUGAAGGUUGCAGUGAUCCUUCAAAGUAUGUGACUUGGGACGGUGUUCAUAUGACUGAGGCUGCGUACAGCUUGAUUUCUGAAGGUAUACUAAAGGGACCCUAUGCGGUUCCUCCUUUCGAUUGGUCUUGCCUCAGCUCGGAAAUUAAGGACUGGACCGUCUGA